AUGCAGCGGAACAACACCAUUUCUUCCUCAUCAAGUAACUCUGGAACCCUCUCUUCUUCCUUUCCAGUUCACUCUAGUAGCUUCUCAGAUCGUUCCUCAUCCGCUUCAAUAACGCAUCGUGGCUCGCCUUUCGUCUCCACACCAUUUGUGCCGCCAUCAGGUGCUCCUGGGUUUACAGGUGACAGAAAUUGGGACAGGGGUUUCUUUGAGGCCCUUCAAAGGGACAGAGAGAGCGGCGCUGGUUUAAGUUUGUGCGGGAGGCGCGAAGGCACAUUACAGGUGCUCACUGAAGAUGUUGCAAAUUCGCUCCGGAUACACCUACCCGCUCUCGUACGACUCUCCCGCAACUGGACGUUACUCUACUCUAUCGACCAACACGGUAUCUCUCUCAACACUUUGUACAGUCGCUCUGAGCCGCGCACACGCAGCAAGGCGGAGCCGAAUCCACCCUGUGGCGCGUUAUUGGUGGUGAAAGACAGCUUGGAUGGCUUGUUUGGUGCAUGGGUCGGGGAAGGGAUCAUAAAGGGACAGAACGGGUUUUACGGGAGUGGCGAAGCCUUCCUCUGGCGAUAUCGCACAGAUGCGUCUCCGCCGCUUGAGGUGUACAAGUGGUCAGGAAAGAACGACUACGUGGUAUUGUGCGAUCCUGAUUUCAUCUCGUUUGGAGGAGGAGAUGGCCACUACGGCCUGUAUAUCGAUUCAUCACUUCUUGAAGGAUCUUCAGCACCUUGUCCAACGUUCGACAAUCCCGUGUUAUGUGCACGACCGCCCUCACAUGCGGGUGCAGGCAUGGGGAAGAAAGAUGUAUCGUUUGAGUGUGUUGGUUUGGAGGUGUGGGGUAUCGGACCUGGGUAA